UAUGCAGACCCCCGAGAAAAGGUCCGGGCUGCGGCGUUCAGAAGCGCUCUGGUCCGUCUGCAGCAGCAAGCAGUCAUUUUUCUUCGCCCUGCAGACUUUAUCCGCCUGAACAUACUCGCCCUACCCUGGUCCUCUGGCUGGAACACCAUCAGGAUGUCUGCUUCACCUGACCCAACUGCCUUCUUUACCAUGUUGUCCACAUUAACAUCUACUCCAGGGGUUCCAGCUGUGGAGCCCAAUGCCACCUCCUGCCAGGAGUGGGAACAAGCCCACCACAUGCUUUUCCAUCUGGGGAAUCUGUCCUUGUUGCUGGGCUUGGUCAUUCCCACUACUCUGGGGCUUCACAUGAUCCUGCUGCGCCUCUUCCUGUUGACAGGAUGCUGUCUCUUCAUUGCUUGGGCCAGUUUGUAUCGUUGCAAUCUUGAUGUGAUGGUUUGGAACGUGGUGUUUUUGGUGGUCAACUUCAUGCACUUAUUCUUUCUUCUGUACAAGCGCAGACCGGUUAAGAUUGACAGGGAGCUGCGGUCAGUCUACAAGCGGAUGUUUGAGCCUCUCCAUGUGCAGCAGGCUUUGUUUCAGAGGCUCACAGGACAGUUCUGCACCAUUCAGACUCUGAAGAAAGGCCAAGCAUAUGCUGCUGAGGACAAGACCUCUGUGGAUGAACGCCUCAGCAUUCUGCUCAAAGGAAAGAUGAAGGUCUCAUAUCGAGGUCAUUUCCUCCACAACAUCUACACAUACUCAUUCAUCGAUUCUCCGGAGUUCAGGUCUACUGAGAUGCACAGAGGGGAGAAGUUCCAGGUGACAAUAGUGGCAGAGGAGAGCUGCAAGUUCCUGUGUUGGUCUCGAGAAAGGCUUACGUACUUCCUGGAAUCAGACACUUUCCUGAAUGAGGUGUUCAAGUACCUUAUUGGCAAAGACAUCACCAACAAACUGUAUUCUCUAAAUGAUCCCACGCUCAGCGAUAAGGCAGUGAAAAAGAUGGACCGUCAGCCAAGCCUAUGCUCUCAGCUUUCUAUGAUGCAGAUGAGAAACAGCAUGGCAAGCACCAGUGACACAGAUGAUGUCCUUAACCAGAUCCUACGUGGAGGAUCUGCUGGAUCGUCACUCCAAAAAUCACCUGAAACCAAGUCUUCGACUAAGAUGAAACCUAUAGAGGAAGGCAUGGAGGAUGAUGUUUUUGAAGAAUCAGCCUCUUCUCUCCAGCAGCACAAAGCUCCAACCAAAGAGGUGUAGUGAGCAGAUGAAGAACGACCUGAAGGGUUUUAUGGCCUUGUUUACUGCCUGACUGCACCACUGAUAUCCUGUCACUGCCAGUCAAUGUUCAAGAUGGUGUGGACAUGAGUUUUCAUUUAUAAACAGUUUGUUCAUCAGGAAGCAUGAGUUUGAGUGUUUGUUUAGAAAUCUAUCUUUUGCAAAAAAUUGUUUUCAUGAGAAAAUCAAGACAACUUUGUGGUUUGAUGGAAUGCAUAUGAAAUGUUAUGUUAGUAUCCAAAGUUUUGUCACAAGAUCUUUUGCAUUUAGGCUUUUUUAUUCUUAGUUCUGUAUGCUUCUGAAAUUAGUACACCAGCUGUCAUGGUUCUGUUGGAAAUUCAGUGCUUUACAACAUUAAAUUUGUGCAAUCUGUCAUCUA